UCUCUAACUACCCCGGAUGUAGAUCUAAUAUGGCGUCAAACCAGACGAACAGAGUCAAAUCAAGCUGAAUGAAAUAUUUUAGUAUCCCUUAAAAUAACUUCCUUUGCAUUGCAUUUUGCUAUUGUUCUAUAGCAUUAAUGGUAAUGCAUGCAAGGAAACAGCCCAGACUCAAUGAUGGGUAUGAAAGAAAAGACACCCAUCUGCAUCAGGACAUGCAGUACAAUAGUAGUUUGUUUACAGACGACAGUGAUGACGAUGGACCACUUAACAGCCGUAUUAAUUCCCGCAAUCAGAACAAGCCCGCUUAUAUUGAGAGAAAUAAAGAAAAAAGAGGCUCACUCAGUCUUGCAGAGAAAAAGGUUAGUCACUACUUGGCCACUGGCAGCUUGGGCCGUCCCAUACCCAUGGAGACUAGUUUUGCCUUCAGUGGAGAACCCAGCAGUGGUGCAGACUCCCACAGAUCUUCAGCAGCACCUGUUGGUCAGCGAAAAGAACGCUCUGGGAGUCAAGGGGAAAGAGGUGGCAGAGACUUUAACAGCCACUCAGGCUCCAAAUCUGAGUACAAAAGCUCCACCCCCUCUUCAUCAUCUCAACAGACAGAACACAGGUUACCCCCUCAGCAGCAUUCAAGUAUGUUGGAUUAUAACAGCCAUCCUGAAAAGGACAAGACACCAACAUCAUCCUCUGCAUCCAAUAAUGGAAGACAAACCAUUUCAAGUAGCAAAGAACAUAGCAAAGACAAAGAGCAAGUUCAGAAAUCUGCCAUACGAGUUUGUGGUGACUGGUCAGAACACAUUAGCAGUUCUGGCAAGAGGUACUACUACAACUGUAAAACAGAAGUAUCUCAGUGGGAGAAACCUAAAGAGUGGAUCAGUGAAUUGUGUAAAACCCCAGAUCAUAGAUCAAAAGAUGGGAGGCCAAGAGUGUUGUCACAAUCUCAUGCAAACAAAAACGCGGCAGAUAUUCGUGCUGCUCGACAUUCCAGUUCAAGUGAUCACCCACAGCUUGAACAUGCUAGAGGACACCGCAACAACAGCGGUGAGAACGCUGCAGAGUCUCAGCACAGUAGGGACUCCAUGUCAGUCACACAACACUUCAGAGACAUUAGGGACCCCAGAGACUUGUCUGGCAGUGGCAGGGACACCAGGGAAUUUCACAAGUCUAGUGUGGACAGACUACGCACUGGAGGUGACUCCACGCCAAGUAACUCAUACCACCCACACAACCAGAGGUCAGGUUCCACACCUGGCGGAAAUAAUGGUCUCUCAGAUUUACCUCUUAAUGCAGACUAUAAACGUUCACAGACUGAAGGACAUGGCUCGUCUAUUAACACGGAUUACAAAAGAAGUGGCGAGAGGCGGCACCGCACUGAUAGUCAAGGUUCUCAAAGAUAUAAUGAUACUGGACAAGGUCCUAUAGAUGAUAUGGAUAUUUCCUCAUCGCCAUCUCCUUCCCCAUCAUCAUUUCGUUCCUCUGCUGCUGGCACACCUCAGCUUCCACCAACAAGUACACCCAUUGCCACAUCUACCACCUCAGUACACAAUCCAGUCAGUACAGCGGGCAUGUCUCACAGGUCUGUGUCGCCUAUUGGAAACCCAAUCCCAACAUUAGUAAACAGACAGGCAGUAGGCGAAAGUGGAACCUAUGAUAAAACAAUUCAAACAUUGCAAGAACUUCAAAAGGCCUUGAGUAUGCAUAUUAGAGCUCAGCAAAGCACCACAACUCCAAGGUUGGUGCAUAACUCACAAGGAGAUGAUGUGCUAGAAAGAACUAGUCCGGUAUCUGCAACAAGCUCUCGUAGCUCUUGUGGUAGCCCAACUCCCAGUGAUUCCAGCUCACAGAAUGCAGCCAUUAACUCGCUAACAGCUGCAGCCAUGAAGCGUGAGGAGACUGCCAAAUUAACAGCUUCUCUUAGCAACUAUUAUAAUGAAAAACUGAUUGGGCAUGUGUUAGGCUGGCAAGCAGACUUAGUGGAGAAACAGGCUGCAAAACUAUGGGAAGAGUCGGUGGCCAAUGGUAGUCUACAGAUUAGUCAGAUAUCUGUUCAACUUAAAAGAGCUCGUUCUCAAGUUCGGAUAGCUGAAAUCCAGUCAACUCUCCAUGAACAAAGAAUAAUGUCUUCAGAUCAGCAGCGUCAAGAAAUAGAGAAUCUAAAAACACCCUCAUCUUUCUUACCGUCAUGACAACAGGCCAUGUGUCACAAAACUUGAAGGUGUGGAGAGACUAGUAUUUAAACUAUGGGAACAGAAUCUGUACAAGUGUGGCUGUGUGUGGAGAGGUGUAUAUGUUGACUAGAGUUUACUUGUUGAAUCUUUUUUUUUUUUUUUUAAAUUCUUUACUUCACUGCAAAGGCAUUUGUUCUUCAUGAUGUAUGAAACAUUAAUGUGAUAAUAGCGAGUUGAUCUAUGAUCAAACGUCUGUCCUAUUUUUAACUCUUUUUUUUUUUCUCUUCAUUUUUGUUGCAUUUUAAAGCAUUGAUUCUAGUAGUAGAUGAAUGUGGAGCUUUCUUUAAAGACAAGUAUGCUUUAUGAACUCUUCAAGACCGUUAAGUCUGAUGUAUAUUCAAAGUACAAUCUUUUUUAUAGACUACUUUCAAAGAAAACCAAUACAAAAUGUUACUUUAUAAAGAAAAAGAAAAAUUUUUCAGAACAAUAAAAAAAAAGCUAUCAACGUUCCCCUUAUUUUAAAGACCAUCCCAAUGUAAAUACAGAAAAUGACUCAGCAAGUGUACAUUCUGAGCUAGUCUAACUAACAUUUAUUCAUGUUCAUGCUACCAGAAAUACGUCAACAGCUGUUAUAACUUGCCUGUCAACGACAUUGAAGAUUUUUACAACAUGAAAUAAUUUAGUUUUUAAAUAAAGAACAGUUUCACACAUUUUUGUUGUGAUAGAUUUUAAAGGCCUUAACAUAUUUUUUUUUUUAGUUCCGAUAUUUGUGUGUUUGGGUGCAUGAGUCACAGAAUAGUAAUGGUUCUGUAAUUUAUAAGCAUUUUGUGUUGUUUGGAGAAUUUAGCAUCCGAUAACUUAUGGGACCGUAUGUAAAUUUGUAAAGCAAAAAUAUUAAAUGAAUAAAGUACAGAAUGUAUUGUCUGGGAAUAUUUGAAUGCUUUUUAAUGUGAAGGAAAUUUGAAAAUAGCGAAAAAUUGGGGGGAAUUAUUUUGUUGUUUUUUUAAUAUCCAUUAUGAGUAAGAUAAGUUUACCAGUGUGUACUAAUAUAGAAAACUUUUUUUUUGACAAAUAUAUCAGUUGGCAGUUAAUUAUCUACAAGAUAAAUAUACAUUUUUAAUUGAUAAUUAUCAUUUAUAGUUAAGGAUGAAAACAAAUAUUUUUGUUGAUAAUUAUCAUUUAUAGUUAAGGAUGAAAACAAACAUUUCUAGUUGAUAAUUAUAUUUAAUAGCUAAGGAUGAAAACAGAAACAUUUUUAGCUGAUAAUUAUACUUUAUAGUUAAGGAUGAAAACAGAAUCAGAAAUUUUGUUCAAUAAAUAAAUCUUAAUUAGAUAUUAUUUUAGUAUUAUCAUGGCACCACUGACCAAGCAAUAUUGAAGAAAUGAUAGGCAAUGCCAGCUUGUUGAUCUUAAUUGAUGAACAAAGAAACAAUCUUAAGCUGCAGCUCAAUUUUAAAAGACUAGAAUACAAUGUUUGGAAACUAUUUAACUAUCAACUUUACAUUAUUAUUUGUAGAUGUCUCACCAGAUGUCUAGAAACUAGAUUUACCAGCCAUUGAGAUAGAAUUGUAGUCUUAACAAUUAGUAUGGACAAUAUUAUUCUAAUAGACUGCUUUAUGUAUUAUUGUAAUAAUAUGGAUAAAAUGUAAGGAAAACAUUAACCCAACGUUUUAUGAAAUGUUUGCAAUGCAUUCAUUCAUGAAAUAAACUAUUACUACUAUAGUGAACAAUUGUUUACGCUAAUAAUUAUGUUACUGGUUUUUUUGAAAGAUUAUAUUCUAGGUACAUGAAAAGUCCAUUGCAGAUAUACUUGGCUAAUUUUGUCCUUGAAACUUAAAAUUUUUAAUUGAUAAACUUUUCAUUCUUAUUUAAAUCCUUUGAAACUACAAAUUCAAAUUAGGAAUACAUUUUAUAAACAAAGUAAAUAACUGUUGAACAAUUCAAUCACUUUCCCAGCACGUUUGUUAAGAUUAGCUUUUAAAAAAGUUGACCAGAAAAUGAAAUAGCCUUGUUCUUUGAAAUAGAAAUGUCAAAUGUUAUUUUUUUUAAUACAUUUUUUUUGUUGUUGAAAUUUAUUUUGUAUACCUCAUUCUUUUUUUUUUUUUAAGUUAUUUAUUGUCAAACUAUCACCUGCCUGUUUGGAUGUCUGAAGGUUUUUUUUUUUUCAUCAAGCGAAUUGGCCAAAUGUUAUCCAUUACUAUUUUAUCAUUAUUUUCUUUUUCGCUGUCUUCUCUCUAUUUAUAUAUAAAGAUGUCCUUUUUAUUUCUAAUAGAUUAUAUUUUAUUGUAUCGACAACAACUAUUCUACUGUUUCUUCAAUUUAAUUCAAAACUGCAUCCUUUAGAGCUGUUUUUUUUUUUCUUCUUUUAAUGCUUGUUAUUUGUACAACUAUGUGAUCUGCUUGUUAGAGCUCUUGGUUUUCUCACUUCUUUUCAUAAUGUUUCCUUACCUGCUUCUUUCAGUGAUGGUUAAGUCUUAAUUAUAUAACUGCACCUUUAAACCUUGAAAUGUCUAGUGGGAUAAAAUUUGUCCAUUGUAUGGUUUAAACAUGUGCACACUUUUAUUUACCACAACAUUGUUAGGCUUGAACAACUUGUGUUCAGAAUAUGCAAACUUAUUUCAGAUCAGUAUAGAGGAUUAUUUAUAUUUUCGCUAUAGUCACUGGCAGUACUUAGAACUUGCCUCAUAUCUCGAUAUGCUUGAAAACUAAUGGUCCAUUAGCCUAGAUUUACUCUUUCUUUCUGUAUCUCGCAAGAAAUAUUUUUUUUGUAUGAUAACCAAUGAAGAACAAUCUUUAUAGUCCCUGUAAACUGGUGCUUUUUUUUUUUUAUUUUUACAAUAUAAAUUUAGAAUAAAAUAAAAAGGGAAAAGAAAUAUGUUAAUUUGGGCCGUGAAGUCAAAGAUUUGUUUGUUAUGUUUGUCCAUUCAGUGGAUUGCCAUGAACACAAAGCAUGCUUGUAUUGUUAAUGUACAUUUGUUCUCUACUACUACCGCUGUGUGUAUGUGUAUAUAUAUAUAUGCGUAUAUAUGUAUAUAGAGAUAGAUAUAUAUAUAUGUAUGUACAUAUAUAUCUAUCUAUCAUUGGACUACUCAGUCACUUGUUGUUAGAUUAAGCUUUUUUUUUUUUUUUAUUUCAACAGUUCUUUAAAAUAAUGUUCUUGUUUUAAGUUGUUGCCCUUUGCUGUUUAUUCACUGGGGAGUUGGUGUGUUGAAAAAAAAAGGAGGGGGGGGGGUGUUAAAAGGAGAAAGUAACUGGGGAGGGCAACCACUUUCUACAUUAACCAGCUUUCACAGUUAACUCUUUGAGAUUGAGCUGAUAUUGUUGUCCUCUGAAUUCACAGCUCUCAUCACUCUCUUAUCUGUUCAUAUUACUAUUAUCAUAAUUCUAAAUAAAUAUGGUUUUUAGUGCAUUUGCUUGACAUUGUGGUAUCAAGCAAAUAAUAUCAUUUUGUGAAUAAAAUUAUUUCAAAAUUUUUACAA